AUGCUGGCCAGCAGCAGCAGCUCCCUGCGGGGAGCUUUCAGGCAGCAGCAGCCUUUCAAGGCGAGCCGGGCGUCCACAGUCCGCGUGGAGGCGAACAAGCGGGUGCAGAAGAAGGCCAAGGUUAUCCUGACCAAGGACCUUGAGAAUGUGGGCAAGGAGGGCGAGCUGUUGACCGUGCCAAUCGGCUACCUGCGCAACUACCUGCUGCCCAACGGCAUCGCGCGCGUCGCCAGCGACGGCAUCCUCGAGAAGCUGCGCAAGAAGAAGGAGGACGCCGUCCGCGCCAAGCUGGAGGAGAAGGCCCAGGCGCAGGCCUUUGCCAACGCCCUGGGGACCAUCGGCAAGUUCAUCUUGAAGAAGAAGACCGGCGACAAGGACCAGCUGUUUGCUGUCGUCCAGAAGCAGGAGGUCAUCGACGCGGUCUACCAGCAAACCAGCCGCUUGAUUGACGAGAAGGACCUGACCCUGCCCGACAUCAAGGCGGUCGGCACCUUUGAGGCGCAGGUGCGCCUGCACCCCGAGGUGGUGGGCACCUUCAGCGUGGUCAUCCAGAAGGAGAAGGUGCAGCAGGGCAAGAAGAAGUGA